GAUAUAUUGAGAACCGAAGUUUCGGUCUCAUCUUCAUACUUUCUGGCCUCACCCACGCCAACCGAGCCAACAUUAACUCAGCCGAGCUCAGCCCGUCCGUCCGUAACUAUAUCUGUAUCCAUCUGCCGGCUUCACAAUGUCGCAACCUGAGCAGACCCCCCCAGAACAGCCCCCUGCCCCCUCCCAUCCUCCAACGGCGUUGAAGGCCGACGACCCGUUGCCUCCGCCCAUCGUGACCACCCCGAAAUGCAUCAUCCGCGCGCACCACCCCUCCGACAUAACCCGCAUGCAGCGCGCGGCCGACAACCCGGCCGUGGCCAAGUACAUGUCGUACCGGUUCGCGUCGCCGUACACGCUCGAGGACGCGCGGCGGUGGCUGGACCUGGCGGCGACGCUCAAGGCGCCCGGGACGGACAUCCUAACGUGCUACGCCAUCUGCGAGCCGGGGACGAGCGCGUACCUGGGCGGCAUCGGCGUGCAGACGCGCACCGACGUCGAGGCCGGCACGUUCGAGCUCGGCUACUGGAUCGGCCAGGACAGCUGGGGCAAGGGCAUCAUGACCGAGGCGGCGCGCGGCUUCACCCGCUGGGUGUUUGACACCUUCCCCAGCGUCGUCCGGCUCGAGGCCGGCGUGUUCUCCGGCAACGAGGCCAGCGUGCGGGUGCUGAAGAAGGCCGGCUUUGUGUACGAGGGGACGCGGCGGAAGGCGGCCGUCAAGCAUGGCGUGGCGUACGAUGUCAUGGUGUUCGGGCUGUUGAGGGAGGAGUGUAUUCGAAACUAGGGUUGCAUGGCUGGAGGUGAAUGUUUUGAAUAUACGUCGCUUACUGAUGGGGCUGAGACAGAGGCUCUGGAUCAACAAAUGUCGAUAUAGACUGGGUUUCGCUUCGAAUACUUCUUCCGAAUCAACACGGAACCGGAUGGACAUAUGUGCCAUAUCAUGACACGCUCCACGCAUCUCAGCCUCUGAUUGCGCCUGUACAGAGGAAGCAGGCCAAACCCCCCUUAUACAGUCCGUCACUGCUUGAGCCUCUCACCCCUGGCAAUGUCUUCCUGCGCAUCCUUCACGAGAAAACUGU